GGGACCGGGUCUGAGGAGCUGAUCAAGUCGGACCAGGUGAACGGCGUGCUGGUGCUGAGCCUGCUGGACAAAAUCAUCGGCGCGGUCGACCAGAUCCAGCUGACCCAAGCCCAGCUGGAGGAGCGGCAGGCGGAGAUGGAAGGCGCCGUGCAGAGCAUCCAGGGCGAGCUUAGCAAGCUGGGCAAGGCACACGCCACUACCAGCAACACCGUGAGCAAGUUGCUGGAGAAGGUGCGCAAGGUCAGCGUGAACGUGAAGACCGUGCGCGGCAGCCUGGAGCGCCAGGCCGGCCAGAUCAAGAAGCUGGAGGUCAACGAGGCAGAGCUGCUGCGCCGCCGCAACUUUAAAGUCAUGAUCUACCAGGAUGAGGUGAAGCUGCCGGCCAAACUGAGCAUCAGCAAGUCGCUGAAGGAGUCGGAGGCGCUGCCCGAGAAAGAGGGCGACGAGCUGGGCGAGGGCGAGCGGCCCGAGGAGGACGCGGUGGCCGUCGACCUGUCGUCCGACGAGGCGGUGGAGGUGGAGGAGGUCAUCGAGGAGUCGCGCGCCGAGCGCAUCAAACGCAGCGGCCUGCGGCGCGUGGACGACUUCAAGAAGGCCUUCUCCAAGGAGAAGAUGGAGAAGACCAAGGUGCGCACGCGCGAGAACCUGGAGAAGACCCGCCUCAAGACCAAAGAGAACCUGGAGAAGACGCGCCACACGCUGGAGAAGCGCAUGAACAAGCUGGGGACGCGCCUCGUCCCGGCCGAGCGUCGCGAGAAGCUCAAGACCUCGCGAGAGAAGCUGCGCAAGUCCUUCACGCCCGAUCACGUGGUGUACGCGCGCUCCAAGACCGCGGUGUACAAGGUGCCGCCCUUCACCUUCCACGUCAAGAAGAUCCGCGAGGGCGAGGUGGAGGUGCUCAAGGCCACCGAGAUGGUGGAGGUGGGCGCCGACGACGACGAGGGCGGCGCGGAGCGUGGCGAGGCCGCCGACCUGCUGCGCGGGAGCAGCCCCGACGUGCACACGCUGCUGGAGAUCACCGAGGAGUCGGACGCCGUGCUGGUGGACAAGAGCGACAGCGACUGAGCCCGCCCCGCCCCGCCCCGCCCCUCCUCUCCUCCCCCUCUGGGAACUUUCUCUUAUUCUCGCCGGCCCCGCCUUCCCCCCCCACACACCUCUCCCCCCACGCGCAGGCUAAAAUUUUGUUUCCAAAUCGGAAACACCUCCCCUCCAGGAACACCCUUUUCCCACUCUGCAGCCUACACGGUGGUGGUGACUGGGUGCAUAUGGCUUCGGGAGUGAGCCAUGUCCUGGUUAUUCAAGCCGGGGAUCCCGGAGGAAACCGCUGUUUCCAUGACCACUGCCUCCCCCGCAGCCUCUCUCUCACGCUCACACCCUCUCAGCUUGCUGUCUGUCAUUCCUGCUUACCACGCUCUUCUUUUUCAUCCCGACCCCAUGGAGCCUUCAAAGCCAAAACUACCAUACAGGGAGAGAGGAAUCCUGAAAGUGUACCUGUGCCUACACGGAAGGGCCUGAAAGCAGCUUUUGAGAGAGCCUGGGACAGAGAGAUCAGAGUGAGCCAUGAGAUGAGCCUAGCAGAGUCCCGGGGAAGGAGAGGGGUCAGGGGCAUUUACAUGCUAGUGCACCUGCAGGCUGGAGCACGAAGCUAUGGCUUUGGGAAGAAGGGGACAAUAGUUAAAGGUAUGGACAGGAGAAGAGAGAAUGCCUCUCAGCCGCGUGAGAAACAGGACAAGAAUUCCAUCUUACUGAGCGUAUCAGAGGACGGAAGUGCCAUUUUCAGAAUAAGGAAGGAGGACAGUGUGAGAAAGCGAUGAUACGAAGAGAAGAGAGUUAAAUUUCACCUGAUCCCUCUGGUGGGAUCUGGGUGGCGUUCUUAGGGGCAGCCCUGUUCUCAAAGCCCAGAAAAGUAAAUUCCCAGAAGGGGGCAGCACUAGGCUUCAGAGACUUGAGAGUUAGGAAGAAGGGUGGACUGGAAAGAGAGCCAAGUGCUAAUGGCCAGGCCACUGGGCUGAGAGCUGGAGGGGUGAGAGGGAGAGUAUAGUAACCCUGCCUGUAGAGCAAUUCAGCAUUGCUCCCGGCAGUUUUUUUCUCUAGUUCUUUCCUUAGACUUGGUAUCAUAAAGCUGAAUACUUUGCCAAACAUUGGUUUCCUUGCCCUUGUGGGUUCCUUUCCUGACUCUUGGGGGUGGGAGGAAGAGGUGAGUCGAGAUCAAUCCAGAGGUCUGGUUUCUGGGGUCCACUAACCAUAUUCUCCUCAGGACACAUCAGUCUCCUUGUUCCUGCCCAAUAAAGGUGGUUUGUCAGAAGCAAGGACAAGUAUCCUCCCCUCAAGUCACAACCUAAAGAGGAUUGAAGGCUUCCACCUUCUCCUACAACCUCCUUUUGCCUUGCCUUCUCUGCUUUGCUCUUUUUUUUUAGAACUAUAGCUAAUUUUUUAAGGGGGUGGAUGGAGGGUAACUAGGGACACAAGCCUUUAAUUUUUUUUUUCUUUUUUACAGUAUGAAAGCUUUGCUCUGCCCACCCCACACCCCCCUUUACUUUUCUUGGUUCCCUUCUCUCCUAUGAAUGGUUGGAGACAUAUCAGCUGAGGGAAAACGGGAGUAGUGGGACACAGCCCCUUGGUGCUGAUGGGCUGAAGGGGCCUGAUUGUGGGCACAUACAGUUUUCCUGCAGGCUCUGGGGAGCCUCUUGAGUCGCUGUGUCCUGGUGAGCAGCCCGACCAAUAAAUCUGCUUUUCUUAAA